UCUUCAGGCACAGCGCUUCAAAAGAACUGCCGAACAGUCUCUAGAAGAAGCUCAGUCUCUUGUUAAAGAGCUUACCACCGAGAACACGAGACUCAUUUGUGACAAGACUAACGUGGAGACCGAGCUGUCUGGUUUGCAGGCUGACUAUGACGUGCUCCAAAAAGAACUUAAGGCAACUGAAGAACGCGCUACCCGGGCCGAGACAGAGCUAAGACACACUAAAGACCGAUUGACUCAGGAACAAGACCGUUUCCUUAAGAUGGACUCCAUCAAAAACGCACUGGAGGUGGAAGUGCGGAAUCUGCAAAACCGGAUAGAAGAAGUGGAGUCCAACGCCUUGGCGGGUAGCAAACGAAUGAUUGCGAAGCUGGAAACAAAGAUCCGGGACAUUGAAAUCGACUACGAAGAAGAGAAACGCCGCCAUGCGGAGACACAGAAGGUGAUACGCAAGAAGGAACACCGUCUUAAAGAACUGCUUCUGCAGACAGAAGAAGAUCACGAUACCAUCCUUAGUUUGAAAGACUGUGUGGAAAGUUUGAGCGAAAAAUGCAAAACAUACAAGCGUCAACUGUCUGAACAAGAAGGUGUGGCUCAGCAGAACCAGGCACGAGUCCGAAGGUUUCAGCGAGAGCUCGAGUCAGCCGAAGACCGAGCGGACCAGGCUGAAGGUAACCUCUCCUUAAUCCGUAUCAAACACAAAACCUGGGUGCCCACCAACCAGGACUCUGGCAGUAUCCUACAGGUUCCCAUGGCUGAAAAGUAGAUGACUUCCACCAGAGGAUUCUCGGAUCUUUUACAGAGGAGGAGCAAUCCUAAUUUAUAUCACCAUUUAUAGACUAACCAAAGUGAAUACACGAGAUUCAAUGUAGUUUUAUUAGUGUGUUUGUUUUUGUUGUUGUUCAGUUUAAUGUCACCAAAUUUAUUAAGAUGGAGUUAGAUGUACCCUGCUUGUAACCAAAGUAUGGGCCAAUGUUUGGACAAAAUAAUAUCUAUUCGCGUGUGAUACUUGAUAUUAAUACGGAUGGAGAAUAUCUUAACGUUUAUGAAAGAAUUAGUUUAUCUGUGAGAAACACACAAAGCCUGUAACUAACACAUAGAGUUGUUCUCUGUCAUACAAAAAAAUCGUUUUAUUCAUCAAUAAAACAUAUAGCAAAUCAAA